AUGGGCGAGGUGGUGGCCUCGGCCCCAGAUGCGGGUGAAGUGACACGACGGUCCGGUGGCGAUGCUACAGAGUCUCGACUUCUGCCGGCACCACGAUUUGCUCCUCGCAACCCCGCGGUCCCUGGCGCCGUUGAGUCGGGAUUCCGUGUAGGUUGGUGUCUUGAUCGCGAGGCAGCGCCGUACUGCGAGGAACUGCGGACCGCACCCUUUGCGCUGGUUGAUGCCUCGCUCGUCGGGAGGCUGUUCGAAUGGCAUGCCACCCUCAAUGGCAUCGCACUUGAUUCUCUUGACAUGACAUCUCCUGCAAGCACGCGCUGCGCGGCACCGCACGCCUUCGCCGGUGACCAUAUCUUUUAG